AUGCAAUUUUUCCUCUUUUCCAUUACGAAUCCACUGGAGUUUAUCAGAGGUGACCGGCCAGUUGUUCAACAGCACGGUCCUUUCACAUACCAUCAGCGCCAGGAGAGGGUGGACGUGUCAUUAAACCCCGAAAACGGCACAAUCAGCUACAGUGAUAGGAAAUUUUACGUAUUCGACCGAAACCUCUCCGGCGCGGACGAGAACAUCACAAUAACCACUCUCAACCUAGCCUACAUCGCAGUUGCAGAAAAGUCGCAACAGUUCCCAACGAUGGUCUCCUUCGUUAUGCGCAUACUGGAGUUGUAUUACAACGAAAACCUCUUCGUGAACAAGACAGCGAGAGAACUGAUCUGGGGGUACAAGGACCCAGUAUUGGAAAUUGUAAAAAAACUGAUCCCCAUUCAAACUGAGAUAGGCAUUUUUGUUGGCAAGAACGGGACUGAGGACGGAACGUAUGUCAUUCGGGACGGUUUCAAUAACCCAGAAGAGUUAGGUCAGAUUGUGUCCUAUCACAAUUCGUCUUCCGUUUCUUGUUGGCGCACUGACUGGGCUAACAUGAUUAAUGGAUCCGAUGGUUCGUUGAUACCACCUUUUCGCAGUCAGUACGACAAAAUCUAUUUGUUUGCGGCCGAUGUUUGCAGGUCAUUUACCUUCACGGCACAGGGCUCGUCGCUGGUCCGUGAAAUUCCCACGAUCGUAUUCAAGCUGUCUAGGGAGUCGCUCCUUUCGCCUGAUUUAAACCCUGACAAUGCGGGUUUUUGCAUCGACUACCCUAAUUGCCCCAAAUCUGGUGUUUUAAAUAUGAGCACCUGCCUUCAUGGAGCACCUGUUGUCGUCUCUCUCCCGCACUUUUACCAGGUGAGUAAGACCAAGUUAUUCCCACUUUCACAGACUUCUACAUUUGAACGUACGUAGCACUUUCUCAACUAUCAUACUUUUCUUCUUAAUUUAACAAUCUAGAAUGAUCAACAUAAGAGCUCUGAGACAUCGUAUGUGCCCUUUUAUGCCGACAGGCUUCCUUAAGUAGCGACUAAAAUUCGGGGUCUAUUCUGAGGUCAAUAAGUUUGGCCAUCGGCCUCUUUACUACGAUUAUAUCACCGAUCAAAGUAAUCGUGAAUUUUGACCGGUACCCCGUAAGUGGCCACUCCUGAUUAUUUUAAUUAACCAAUAGCCAUUGGAAAGUGUUGUUCGCACAGAUCACAAGCGUUUGCGUAUUUGUGGUGUCACAUUUUGCUUUAGGUCAGACAGUUCUGAGCAAUUUGGAACAUUCUUUCUUGCGGCAAAAUCUAUCAAGAAACACUCGCUAGGACCCAUGGAAACUCCAUCCCAAUUUUCUUCGGCCACUGUGGUAAUGUUGAGGUUAGGCUUAAAGUUCAUGCUUGCGGCUACUAUGAGGGGCUAGAUUUAGUGUAAUCUGAAUGCCGACACCUACUCGUCAAAACGUGACCAUAACCCUAAGCCCUCCUCUCCCGUAACAGCAUUAUGACUGAAUUCAAACCCUUUUACGAAGCAUAUUCCGAGGCCAUAUAUAACUCUAGUCGUAAGCCUCACUGUUUCUAUUGGCCAAUCAUAACCCUUAUCUCCUCUAUCCGAUACUGUUCCACUACGCAAUGAAACGUGUCAGCUACGCCUGAACCAUGUCCGGUUGCAGCCAGUCAUUAAAGAUCAAAAAUAUCGAUCGACGUCACAAUGUCGACGAGCCAAAAGCCAAUUCACAGGCGGCGUAAGCAGUCAACUGUUCGAACGCUGUCGCCACGCCGAGUAGACUGCCACAGGUACACAAAUUCGCCAGGGAUUUCCUGAAGGUGCUUCUAAUCACAAGUUUCACAAGAUCGAAAUCGUAAUAGUAUCUACGUCUAUGGAUUCUUGUUCGGAUGGUACGGCCUUUAUGCAUAGACAUGAGGGUGUGUAUCAUACAGGAAAACAGCCUAGAACAAUUUAAAUUUCUUCAGAAUAAAUAGCAUGACGUACAGGUCGGAUAUGCGGGUGAACCCUGCAAUGGGAGUUGACAGGCGUGCUAUGUAAAAACUGGCAUAAUCAAUAAGGGGCGACUGGUGGUAACCAACACCGAAUAUCGAUCAGGCCUCUGGGAGUGCGUGACAAGGGAGAGAGCGUGGUCGAACCCGUAAUCCAAUUAAUAACAUGGCGCCUUUUACAUCUAUUGCCGUGACCUGUGAGUACGGAGCAAAAGUACUACUUGUACUUGGUACGCCAGUGAUCAUGUUUGGUCUAGCUGGUCUCGAUGAUGUCACGUAUUGCACCUCUCCACGCGUGACGAUCUGCGGCGGCAGAUUUGGAAGGCUCUGGACCGAACAAGAGGACUGAAGCUCUGAGGGAAUCCACCGACUUUGCGAUGCGUGUGGUUACUUUGCCCUUUGUUCCACCCGCAACGUUGGUAAUGUAAGGGCCUGUCCGAGGCGGUUGGAAAUAGUUCGUCUAAUGAGGGCUCGGAGACUAGUUUUUUCCCACUCAACAUAGUGUGAGAACAUUUAUAUUGUCGUAGCAAAACUUCUGCAUAGGUGUAAAAACAUUUCAGUUUUUAAUUAAAUUCGUAUUAAUGAUCGUACUACCCUUUUACCGAAGUUUGUAAACGUGUCGUACAUCACCAAGGGGCAACUAGGUGCUUGCUUUAUUUUUCUGGUUAUUCUAUUUUGCCAUUAAAUCCAUAGAAGUGUCAAUCCCUCCCCUAAACAUGAGCAUCUUCUGAAGGAAAAGGAGGGAUUAUAUUCGGUAGGCAGAACCUGACCACCGCUGUCUUCGGCAUCUUCCAUCUACAGGGCUCAGUUAGCAUUUGUUUUUUUUUAACCCAUUCAGUCAAAUGUUACGUGUUGCAUCGUACAGUGCAACAAAUGUAGAUGCAGGUGUUCGACAGUUAAUUAAAUAGCAAGCAGUAUCGACAUCGUACCCAACUUACAGUAAUUCGACUUCUCAUGCCUGUUGUGUCCGUCCAGCAUACUUGAAUGUAGACAUAGGCAUGUACUUGUCGGAGUCAUUGUCCCGCUUGGCUGGUAAAUUCCUAGCCAACUCUUGAAACAACAGUUAGUCAGCCAAAUAUCCACUUCGAUCCCAGCUGCGGUCCGUAUCUCUGUAGCUGACCUUCCUAUGACCAAAGUCGAUAAUCACGUCAUGUUACUGACAAAACAAGGGAGACUGUAAUGGCUAUUCCUGAUUUAUUUGCCCUCGACAGCCCGCUAUAUUUCGCCUCCGGGCGGACAUCCGAGAUUCGACCAACUGAUUCAGGUGCAAAAGUAAGAGACAGGACCAGUGGUUUGCGUAUGUCUAGUUGAUGAUGUCAAACGAGCCACAGACAGCCAACGUAUCUUUCUUCGCCUUUGUGGGGGACACCUUCGACUACUGAUUGUUUGUCUUAGUGAGACCACCUGCGAGGACUCUGAACCUGGCGCUCAAAAACAAAACAGAAAUGCCCAUUUCCGCCCUGCACUCAAGGCAGAACAGUGGACACCACUGUCAUGACACUUUGGAGUGCUCAAUGGGUUUUAUUUGUAUAGUGAGUCCCAAAAUUGUCAAUGUAAGACGACUGUGGAACCAUUUCCCGUUCCGAAUCUUAUUUUGCAAUUUGAUUAGGAUCGAUCCAACUUAUUUGAUCCAGAGCCUUAUAACUGAUUAGCAGCUUUGACCCUCAUUUGCUGCGUCCAGAAGGUCCAGUAGAUGGGCUAGUGAGUUGCACGUUUCCACGAUUAAUCAGCCUUGGAACCACUCAAAUACGGGCCUUCCGUCGCUGCGGUGACCUACAUGUGCACACUUGCGUAAACUGUGGGCUUUAGUGUUGAUCAUGCUGCAGCCAGCUGGUCAGAUAUACACACUCCCACGCUGUUUCGUCUUCGUUAGCCGGAGAUUGUCAGCAGUGCGCUUGUCAAUUCGUGUUUUUUUCGAUGGCACACAGCCUGAGUUGUGUCGAACCCCUCAUAAAAACAUGACUGUAACUCUUACGGCUGGUGUCGGCACCACAGCACACAGAAGUCUGGCGUCAGACUCGCCCAGGUUGCUCGGACAAGUUUUCAGACAAUUUUACAUUUAAUGUGGACAUCAUUUAAGUAUCGACUGACAGACAUAAGUCUGUUUAUCUGACUGCUAACCAUCAGUGGAGGUUGUUCUGCUAUCGUUACCCGUGGACGCGUCAGGUAGUCGGUAGUUAGACCGGCAGGCAGUCCCCCUCAUCCUACUGUGCCCGUGUCCCUGGAUAUUGCGGACUUCAACAACCAAAAGAAGAUAAAGCCGUAGUACUUUAGUCUGGAUUUUUUUAUCAGUGACAUCAACGAAGCAUAUGACUGUUGGCGCAGAAUGCAGUUUCCGACUUUUGCAUCCAGCCACCUCCGUGAGAGGAGUUUGAAAGUUGAACUAACAUGCAGAAACGCAUGUAGAGCUGGACUACGUUUGACAUUGACCUGUCGCAAAUACCAACUGUCUCCAACGCAUAUUUUACUGACUUAGGCGGUACCGAUUUACCAAAGAUUUGGCUGCGCUGGAACCAUUAUUACGGCCUCAUAGUAUGAACGCAUAGUCUAACCUAAUUUUCAGAAGCCUAGUACGGUCGACGGUGAAAAUCUGGAAGUCAAAUGGUUAUUGCUAGGAUCCAUGAGACCUCGACUCUGCUGGUCAACGAGGGUGGACAAGACCAUUUAUGUGGGUGUGAAUUAUCCGUGGUUUGCCUCAGAAAUUGAGCGUACCUAGGUGCGCCAGCACCUGCAUGUGGGGUAUCAAUGUCUGAUAACGGCCGGUAAGGCAGAACUAGUCAUUAAAGUGUUCCUAAUCUUGUUGGUAAUGUUUGUCGGUGGGAUGAUUGCUCGCAUUCACACGACAGUCUGGGCGGGCUCUAGACGCGGAUCUUAGAACGUGAAUACUCGUUUCUCUUCUGCAGUCGGGAGAAAUUGGUGAAAAUCUCUCACACGUAACUUGACAUAAUCCUACUGGACUUAAAAUUUCCAUUACCAAGUGUGCCCGUAUCCAACUGUCGGGCGCGUAUUCUGGGAUUGGGGUGCCGCUGGUUGAUGACAACUAAAAAUUUCGAGGGGGCCAUCGCGUGCCCUAAUAUUCGUCAGUAGUUCACCUCUAUCAUUUCUGGCCAGCGGUCUGCUCGUCUAAGAAUGGUAGAAAACACUAGGUGCACAUGCGGCCGCCAGUGUUAAUUGUGUAGAUGAUAAAUCCGAGCUAAUGAGAAUGCAAAGGUAGUGGUAUUUGACAAUGUUAAGGGUUUACAGAAUAUGUAAAAUUACACACUCAUCAAACUGCUGCAGACUUAGCACGUUAGAAGUGUGGGUCCCUUUGACGAGUUCGACGAGUUCGACCCACGCCAAGUUAAACGUCCUCAGAUCACAAGCCAGGGAAACAGGAUUAACAGAAUGGCAAUUGUUGCAGCAGAGGGCGGACAAGCCGGUCGAGUCUCAAAUAGAAGCGGAAGUGAGUACCUACGGAGCGAGAUGCAGUCGACGGCCACUCACUGGUGGCCACUUAUCGAUCGGUGUCAAGCUUAGAGUCACGCCUACGGUGGAGGACAACGCACGCGAACGCAGAAAGAUGACAUGAUAAGCGUGUUAUGACCCGACCCGGUACUCAAAAAUCACACGAAACGUAUGCGCACUCGGCUGCUGCCCCUAACACCAACAAGCCAGGGGAAAUGUAUUAAACGUGCAAGUCAUUCUCACUGGAAAAAUGACGCACACUUACAACAUCCUACGGGGGUUGGCCAGCGUUCAGCCCAAUGCACUUCGAGAAAAUUCCAGACGAGCUGAGCAACUUCUUGCAGACACAGACCAAUCAGGUUCAAGGGGGCCGCCAAUGGCGAGACGCCGUCAGCACCCUGACAGCGUGCCAACGGCAUGCCAGAGAAUGCGUACGUGACUUCCGAUCGUCUAGGCGGCUGGAUAGAUCGUACUGACACUGGAACGGGGGUUUCUCGCCCUGGUUUUGGCACUUGAAUGCGUCCAGUAGUAGUUCCGACAGUAGAUUUUGGUCCGGACUUGGCACUUCUGUGUGCCUAAACUAAUUCCCAUGGCGCCUCCAAAUGUCUGAUUCGACAAGAAUCUUGUAGACGACGUAAUAACAAUUUUGGCGAUUACGUUCAACCGUCCAAUUUUCUGAAUUGCCCCUAUAGUUUGUUUGCCAGUACCGUCUCACUCGGAUAGACCGAUUGUUGCUUUCUCCGUGGUGUCGCUUGUAUUACCUUCCCAUUGACGUCGGACGGACUGUUUCCCGACCAAAAUUCCGCUGUCCUCCCACGGAUAUCUUUGGAAAAAUUACGUCAAGUGGUGUGCGAAGCUUUCUGUGUAUCAGUGCCUCUGCAGGCGGGACACCAUUUGGAGAAGAAUUCCGGCCACUUGCUGUACACGUCGACAGCUAUGAGGCAGUUUUGGUCAUUUAUUGGUCCCGCAUAAUCAGUGUGUAUUCUAGACCACAAGGCCCAUGGUAAAUCUCAUGCCUUCAGCGUGGUCUUUGUUGGCUCCCUUAGUGAGAGGGCGUACUUGGUGCAUGAGCGAGUCAGCCAUUCCAAUUGCUGGUCCAUGUGAGGCCAGUGCACAUAACUGCGAACGAGAGCCUUCGUGUGGUUGAGUCCCAGGUGCCCGCUGUGAAGCUGGCUCAAGACUUUUGCUUGCUGUUUCUGUGGAACCACGACACUUUCGUAGAACAGGAGGCGGAUGUUAACGGCGGAGAGAGAAUGUUGUCGUUGGUGAACUGCUGUAGUUAUCCAGAAGGUUUUUGGGGCCACUGAGUGCAAUGCUACUUAAUGAUUUGCCUCAACAGUAGAUCCUGCCGUGCUGCGUUUCAGGCUUCCCCAAAAGUGACUGUGAAUGUACGAAUAGGGUCUGUAAACCGGCUAUGAACUUCUGACUCAAUGGAGACGGACACGUUGACUGUGUGCUCAGGUUCAUUAUUCGGUGUGUUAUAGAGCGAAAAAGUACACCUACCUAGCCGAUGCCCGUCGUCGGUUGGUACAUUUCUAAGCAGCAUAGUCGCCCAGCGCUGAAGACGAUUUGCCGAGUACGCGGGAACGCCUUUCACCCACCCGAAAUUUGCAAGAAGUUUACAGCCCGUUACAAGGGCGAAAUGCCGGCGAAGGUGUUCCUGCCAAUCCAUUCAUAGUUGCACCCCGAAGACGUUAACGAACUUAUGGUAUGACAAAUAGCAUUUUCCGUGUUAUCGAGAAAAAACGUGUGCAAUUACGGCGUCAUUUCCAUUGUUAAAGACGUCCGCUGAAAAGAUUAUCUUCAGACCAGGGUUGAAUUGCGUGAGUAACAAGUCAGAGCUCAACAACGUUUUCAUGUCUUUAUUUUUUGGAUGAUGAAAGCGGCGCACUCCCGGAAGGACUGAGCUGUAAUAACUCGUGUGACCGGAAGAGGCAGCGACUAAUUUACACUUGUUGGGAAUACUGAUGGGCGUUCAGAGCAGCAUUGAGACGGGGGGGGAAGUCAGCACAGACACCAACGUUGUCGGUGGCUUUCUUAACGGCAACGAUUGGCGCAGCCCAUGCGGAGUAGUUCACUGGUUGGAGAACACUGGCUGUCUGAAGUCGCUUGAGUUUUUUGGUCAGCUAUUAUGAGUGCAGUCUAAGACAUUAGUUGUUUUGGUCGGAAGACUGGGUUGAGAACAGGAAGUGACUCUUACCUUGAUGCAGCAAUCAAGGCCGUCUUUAAGAAAGGAGGCGACUUUCUUCUGUAAAGUGGACUCAAGCUUUGCAGCCAACUGAUUCGAUAUGGCAGGACUCUGUCAAGAAAAGUGCAAACUAUUGCAAGCACAAUUAAAUGGCACCUUUAGAAGGCUGAGUUUAUCAAUUCGGCGGAAGCCAGGUAAAUUGAGAUUAGGGUGGUUGGUGAAGUAAUAUGUUUCCUUGAACUGAUGGCUAUCAAAGGGAACGUCACAUUCAAGUCCAACUGUGAGCCGGAUAAUUCCCGCAGAAGCAUUCAGUGCCUUUUUGUGCGAUAUGAUCAUCAGAAGCCGGGAAAUCAUGCGCCAAGUACGCUUGGAGAUGAGAUUGUCCGAGGCCGUAUCUAGUAUUGAUGUACCAUUAUUAAUAACGAUCAUCAGGUAUUUUCUUUGUGAAUCCGACUCUGUUGUAGACGUGGCCAGAAUGGAGUGAAACUUUGGACCGAAACUGACUGAAGGGCGUCUGAGACGUCAUGCUUCCUCUUGUGAUUUGAAAGAUUGGUCGGCCGCACAAUGAUCUUCCAUGUGCCCACGCUUGUGACAUUUCUGCCAGACGUGCUUGAAUAAACGGAAGUGAACGAAAUGUCAAUUACCACAUUGCAGACUUGCGGUUGGUGGUUUUCUGGACUUCGAUUCUGGGGGCUAGUAUGAUGACGAUGAAAUCAUAUUGGUGACUGCAUGAACAUUGAUGACGACAAGUGCGUGACUAGGCUGCUCCACAAUCGCAGAAUCAUGCUUAAGACUUUUGAGCCGCUGACACAUGGCAAUGUCCGUAGGGCGGUGUCAGGGCCUUGUCGAAUUUUUCUGAGUAGACAAGUUCUGAUUUCAGCCUCGCGAGGUGGUUUAAAAGCGCAAACAAAAAUGAGACACUUAAAUUUAUCUUCUGUCAUAGUUCACAGCCUGAACCUUUCCUACUCACGACUGACAAUACUGGUGAAAGUCAGAAAAUCGUUUGUCCCAUUCUUCACCAACUUCAGGCAUUGGUAUCGAGUGUUGAAAAGUGACGAAUUCUCCCCGAAUGUCUCUGAGGGUUGCUUGACCGUUUCAUCAGAUGGGAAGUCACGAGGGUUUUUUUCGACAGAAUCAUGUCAGUGUACCACGAGUGCCCUUGGAAUCCAAUUUGCAUAAUAACAGACGCACGUCCCAAACAUCAUUGGCGUUGUCAAAUUAAGUGUGGGAAAUGUCUUCCCAAUGUCUGAAACAUGUACUGAGUGUCACGUCCGGAUCGAGAUCAUAGAUGAGCUGGAUAGUACUAGCAGCAACUGCGUCCGCUGACGUGGACUGCUUCCCAAGGGAUGCUGGAUCACGAAAGCACGAGCUGGACUUUUACAUCAUCAGCUCGAUCAUCUUCAGGCAGGCUGCAUCGAACUGAGCCUGUUGCCGGUGUAUGGUGAACAGUAGGUCUUACGCAGAGACAUUGUGAGUACCACGUCGCCAUUUAUUUAUGAACUUACCGAAAGUCUCGCUGGCCCCCCGUCCAACGACUCUCCUUCAUCAACCCCACGAACCAAACUGAAAAGCAAGGGCAGAAGAAUAGAGUGCAUAAUGGUGUAUUCUAAUAGCAUACAUAAUGCGAAAGGUCUGAGGUUAGACCUAAAUUUGCCAAAUCAGAUGGUGUCCUUGAGUGGCUAGUACGUCGGUUGGGCUUAUGACUAAACUGACUGGUUAGGUAAACCUCCAAUCCUGUCGAGAGCUGGCACGACAUUAGCACGCGCACGGCAUGUGGGCGGAUCGUUUGGGCGGCGUCCCGACAGUUACUGACGCUCCUUAUUUAUUCACGAAACGUUAGAUAUGGUGUUUGAAACCGGAAAAGAACAGUUAGCAGUGUUUAGGCGUUGAGAGCAUUCAGAGCGUUGCGAUCAUCAGGCCAAGCACCGAGUUGUAGGAAAAGACAGACGUCACGAGAAUGAGGCAUUUAUUGUAGACGGAACCCUAAGUUGCCCUCGGGCGACAGUGGCCGCUAACGGGGUCAGGACAUGCGAUGACGGUGUAUGCUCGUGCCUGAGAGGGCGAGGGCUAGGUAGAGGCAGCCGCCUAAAUAGCUAUGCGGGGGAGGCACCAGUGUUGUCCAAUGGGUGUGUGCUUCAUUCGCCGGGGGAGCGGUGCGUUCAAGUGGCGCACGGGUAGUUGCGACUGUACAGACGCACAUGUGCCCGCGCUAGAGCCAGUUGAGUGGCCGCAGGCCAGCGCGUCUGGAACCGCUCGCUGCGAAAGUUGGAUGACCUUGAUGUAACGGAGCCUUGAACAAGGACGUCAGAUAUCGCACUGGUGACAGUCAGCAACAAUUUCAGCCCGAUUUAUCUAACACCAUAAAAUACUAGCCAUUGAACGUAGUCAUUUGCGUGGCUUUGACUGAGAGAGGAAGGAAACGGUUAAUAAACACCGUCCUCAACCAGCACGGAGCGAUAGUAAGGAAAAUAUCCAUUUGCAUACGAGAUUCGGGUUUUCUCCGUAUUGCCUCGAUCUCAGAGGAUCGUAGGCGACGCGUCAUACUUGAACUAAAGCGGGCUUUCAACAAUCCUGAAUCAACAAUUUGGCCAUUGUUGGCAACUGGUUCUCAGCUUUAAAUAGUUCAACCGUCGUACCCGACGACGUUCACCCUGCGCUCCAUAGCAAGGUGGAACAGGCACGGUGACAUGCGCGUGAAUUAGUUUAUAAUGAGUGCAGACUUGCGUAGCAUCUACCACGCCAUCUCCUUCCCCCCCCCCCCCCCCCACCUGGACCUGCCAAGACAUAAUCAAGAAGACCGGAGGCGGAAGAGGGCGCAGGUGAAAACCCACACUUAGGCAUACCACCACACCCCUAGUCCAAAUAAACACUUGACCAGGAGUUUAACCAACAGCUGAACCACGACGGGUCAGAAAGACGAGGAUGAUUGUGCAGCCCUGCUCAUGAUCUGUGCAUUUAGCGGGGGCGCAAGCGCAUCUACCGGCAAGGAACCAGGUGCCAGAGAACUGCAAUGCACGCUAGGCUGUGGGAGCCAUGGUUUGCUGAUCAUGGCAUAGCAGAUGCCCACAUACAUUGAACCCCAGAUGGGUGACACACACGGCCCUGCAUUUGGCCUGGGCCCUCACCCUUCAACGGCUGGGUAACCAGUCAGCCAUCGACUAAGGGGCACUACUCACAGAAUACACAUACACACUCCCCGCAUUCGUGAGAGUGCCAGAGGUCAUUUUAUGAAGGAACCGUGAUGGUCUGGCUCUCAGCUCACCAGUCCGCCACUCCACACAAACACACACAACUGGACUGACUGCGUGGACUGAGUUGGGGCGUCAGUCAGUGGCUCUCCAAGCCACGGUGCUUAGUGCACGAUGAAAUUCUCGGAUUCGGAUCACACAUGCAGCAGCUGAGCCGCAUGGAGGGGGAGCCGAGAACACACUUCCCACUCGCGUGGGAGGUAACAAGUAAGUGCUUGCGAUGGAUGAUGUUGUUGUGUGGUGUAGGUGCUGGUGGAGUAAUGUUCGAUGGUGUGGCGUAGCCGGCAGUUGUCAGCCGUAGUUGUCUGUGAAUGCGCAUAGGACCUAAUAUGCUUGUGGGAUGGCGGAAUGUGCGGGGACAGUUGAGGCCAAUGCGACGAGUACAGGUUAGUGCUCCAGGCAUUGGUUCGCCAGCCUCUGUGCAAUGGACUCGCAAGUGAACGACCAGGCCAAUGGGUGAGUUGAAUGUACGGGGACAACGUGGGCAGGACAGAUCGGCAGUGUCAGAGUCGGUUUCGGUGAUGGUGGCGGUGGUGGAGCUGCUGGUGGUGGGCGCGCUGGGCGACGAGGUGGGGUUUGGGCUAGGCAUGGUUGGUACGCAAGAUGUGCUAGGUACAUAUGUCGGAACUGCGGUGAAUGCCGCACUCGUGGAUACGCAUGCGACCUAGCAGGCCCACGUGGUGAGUGAAUGUGCGGGAGCAGUGUGGACAGUGGAGGCGGAUGCGGGAAGUGUAUGUGGAUAUCCCAGGCGCUGGUUCUCUAGUCUCUGUGCGAUGGGUUCGCAAGUGACUGACCGAGCCGAUGUGUGAGGUGGAUGUGUGAUCGUAACGUGGACACGUAUGGACCGGCUCCACAUCGUUGGUUUUGGCGGUGGUGAGGUUGAUGUUUUUCGGUGCGUCAGGGUUGUGUACAGUGUUGUUGGGGGGAGGAGCCAUCGCAGCAGUUGUUGUGGCUGUGGAGGAUGGUAAUGGGAGAUCAGGAGCGCGAUUAGGGUUGAUUGUAGACGUGAGGGUUGGAGCAGGGAUGGACUGGGAGACAUCAGCUGGUGCCGUCCGAUGCUGCAGUUGGUUCGAAGAUGUCCAAUGAGACCGCUUGUUGUCCGGAACGUCUACUGACAUCGUGGGCAGGUCGGGGGCGGUUGUAAGUUGGCGUUGCUAGGUGGGGAGAAUUAAGAUUUGCGAGCUUUACGUUUGGCUUUGGUGGCGGGUAGAUCACUGCGCCGGUCUUCACUGUCCUUCUCUAGUCCAGUCGGUCCCGGCCGAGGUUUACCAAGUUCAUUGGGUUUAUCUGCAGGCGCUUCAGGGAAGUUUUUAGAGUGCUAUUGUAGCGCCGGACUGGACCUCCUUGUCGACGGGAACCCGUGGCGACAUCUUCAUAGAAGAGUCGUCUUGUGGCCGCUUAUCGUUCAUCUGCACGAGGUGGCAGUUGUCUCAGCAUGGCGUGGAUGCCGAAGAUUCCUGCGCGUCCUAGUAAGUCCGUGUCAGGGAUCCGGUCCUGCAACGUCAGCCUAAGUAUCGGCCUCCACGCCUGCGUCUUGUACACCGUCUAGGUCUCCGCUUCAUACAGCAUUGUCGGCAGGAUGAUCGCUUUGUGCACCUUUCGUUUGGUGUUAAGGUGGAGAACGUGACGAUUGCAGACGGUGUUUGGCUUUAAAUAGUUCGUUUGACAUGCAUUCGGCCGGACUAGCCGCUAAGUGCUCUUGUCUGCACCCACUGUAUUUGCAUCAGCAACUAAACUAAUCUCGAAAUCUGGCGCUCAUUAUAUUGAUGGGGAAAAUUAAUUAGAUCUGCUGAUUGGUAGCCUUGAUCCUUGGAUUUUGCAGCAGAUAGCGUAGAGAAUAAUUGUUGAAAUAUCAUUUUAACUUAGCCGGAAAUCCCUAAUCUCCCUUCUCAUCAUAAAGUAGACGACAAAACUACAGUUUCGAAAUCCUCCAUUCGUGAAGUAUGCUCGAUACAGCGAAUUUCCUACUUCUGCGGAGGCAGCAUUCCUGCCCAGUGCCUUUUGCAGUCUCACUUUUGGGGCUGCUGACAAGAACAGGAGUUCUGAGUCGCGGGGGGCUGUCGACGCAUAAUGUUAAGAAAACUAAAACCCUCAUGAUUUACCGUUGGACGUCCAAGUCACUGCUCUUCUCCCUUUUGCGCGCUUUAAAAUUGCUGCUAUUUUACGCCAAGCCGUAGCUCAAUCAGGAUCCAGGAGGAGCAGCGAUCCCCGGCCCUCCGUGCUCUCAGGCCCUGAACUUAGACAAAUGGUUCGGUGUGAGCACCGUUGGCAACGAUGUUGUCAGCUGCCCUUGUUUUGUGGUCAACAUCUAUAUCCUUUACUUGGAGUCCCAUCCUCCAACAACAAAGAAUGACGUAUUCGGCGUUACCUAGGUUAAUUGCAUUCAUCAGAUGACGACGUUAAUAGUGGGGUAUUCCAUUCAGUCACCGGAUGCCCGAACUUUUCUGUGCGUGAAUUGAAAAUAAGCCCUGACUAAUUUUAAUAGUUUCGGGGCUAAAUCAGCGGUUUUGGGGAGUAUAAGUUAGUCUACUGUGUCCAACCAACCAGAAAAGUCGUGGAAUCAGACUGCUGUCUUCUUUCGAAGCAAUUAUUGAUGGUCUGAGACAGUUUCCGCAGUUAGUAUCUGAUCUCUGCAACCUUUCUGCCGAAGUGAAAACCGUCCUGCGGUUCCUCCAUUCACUUGUUUCUGGAGAAACGAAAUCCGUUCAGGAGUUUGACAGGAAAGAUUUUCGUGGUCACAUAGGUUUACUUGCUGCCUGCUGUGACACCCCGUCUUGUCUCCCUUCCUGGGAAGGGGCAGGUAUAGCUUCGUUCUCACGCUGACGACUGGGGACCGUUUCGACCACGAUAUCAUGUUGGGCCAUUAUCAAGUUUAAGUCGGCCCUCACUGCUCCGCAUUCCGACGCGAAGGUAUUUGGAAAUAUAAUUGUCUAGAGAUUCUGGCGCUUCGCACAUAAUCCUUCAGAUAAAGGCCGAUAUCCAGUACUUUGAUCCAAACUUGCACUAGCCUCGGGCAAUACACGAAACUCCAACCAUCGGGGUGCCAUAUCCUUUUGUUUCUCAUCCAAAUGAGCCAUAUGAACGUUAACUUAUUCUGCAAAAAAGCGUUUUGUAAAAUUUUGGCUUAGUUUGUCGACGGCUUGGACGCCUUUGGAUGCCUGUUAGCUCCUGCACUCCAAUGCGUGUGGCACAUGCUAUGCUCCCUGCCCCGUAUUCCUCGCGCCCAUUAAGUGUUCUUCAAGAACUCUACUGACCCGGUAUUGGCCUACGAGGAUGUAGUCGGUCUUUGCCUUCGUCUUACCGUAGGUUCCCUGCAAGGUCAUCAGGUUCCGCCUCGGGUGCUAAGAUUUUUUUGUUAACCAGAAGCAAAUAAUUUUCCUUCUGAAAGUCGAGAAGCCGAUCACCAUUGACCGACCGAUCCUAAACUACUACUACUUUUCCGAUGACGGAGUGAAUAAUUGGCCACUGUCAUAUUCGCGCGCACUCAAAUCCCUUGAACAGUUAUGAUUUUGUUCGCGAGAAUAGAUGAUUCGUUUUUCUUAACAUCUACGCUGGGCGUCGCGGCAGAGACAACAAGUAUUUUUACUUGGUUAACUACACCCGUGUGCAGACGAGGCUGGGAGAGAAGUACUCGUGUUGUGAGCACCUUGGAAAGCUUAAACCUUACCCUCUACCAGGUAGGCGCCUCAAGCACCACUCGUUGUCUGUGCUAGGCUUUUGUAUUUUCCCAGGAGUAGGUGUAUACACUAUGAGUAAUGUUUUCAGGUCAGGUUUGCAUGUUUGGUCCGGAAGUGUAUAUGAAUAUUCGAACCGAAAUCCAUAAUCUCGUCUUCUCUUUCUUCUCUGAGGCUGAUGAAAGUUAUCAAAAAGCGGUCAUUGGUCUUCACCCCACUGAGGACAUGAUCACACGAUUGGACGUUGAACCGCAUACGGGUAUCGUCCUUAGGGCCGAGAAGCAGUUGCAAGUAAACGGUGUAGUCCGACGCAACGAUGAAUUCCCAUCUCUGCGGCACGUACGUGACACCUUCUUCCCUGUCGCUUACUUCAAAGAAUCAUUUACUGCGCCUGAGGAUAUCGCCGCCAAGCUGCGCGACUCUCUUUUUGUGCCGCUUCUCACCGCGAAGAUAGUGUCCAUCUGCCUGAUAUCCCUUGCCAGCGUUAGCCUUGGCAUCCUCUUUCUCGUCUUCCUUUUGCGCCGGCGACCGGCUACCGAGCUAGUUCUAAGCGUUUCCGAACCCAACGACCAGAGGCCCCUGAUGUCUGACACAGCCUGA